UCCGUUCACGUUGAGUGAGUUGCAAGUUACUGUGUGAAGGCCACGUAGAUUUAGCAUUACUUGCUAGCUUCUCUCAUUUACAUUCACGCUAGAGAGAAACAACACCUUUUUCAGCACGCGCGACCUAAUAUAUUGACAAAAAUGGCUUCAAGUGACAUUGGAGACUGGUAUCGCAGCAUACCGCAGAUGACAAGAUACUGGUUUACAGGAUCAGUUGUGGUGCCCUUAGUCGGAAAGCUUGGUAUAUUGAGCCCUCUUUGGUUCAUUCUUCAAUUCGAACCCUUCAUUUACAGAUUCCAGAUAUGGAGACCUCUGACUGCUGUGCUGUACUACCCAAUAUCAGGCCCACGGGGGUUUCACUUUUUGAUGAAUCUCUAUUUCUUGUAUUCAUAUUCUACCAGACUGGAAACAGGGGUGUUUGAUGGAAAACCAGCUGAUUACCUAUUCAUGCUCAUAUUCAACUGGAUUUGCCUAACUAUCAUUGGACUGAUGUCAGGCCUCAUGCUGCUAAUGGAUCCCAUGGUGCUCAGCGUCCUGUAUGUCUGGUGCCAGCUCAAUAAGGAUACCAUCGUCACUUUCUGGUUCGGUACUCGCUUCAAGGCGAUGUACCUGCCAUGGGUCCUCCUGGCCUUCAACAUGAUCAUUGCUGACGGAGGCAUGUUGGAGCUGAUCGGCAUCAUCGUGGGGCAUCUCUACUUCUUCCUCAUGUUCAAGUACCCUCAGGACUUCGGUGGAGCCAGGCUCUUGAAUGUGCCACAGUUUCUAUACAACUACUUCCCAAACAGGAGAGGAGGCGUUGCAGGUUUUGGAAUGGCGCCAUCAAGCAGACGGCGACAGGAUGACGGGGGUGAUAAUCGCAGGGGCCAUAACUGGGGAAGAGGUCAAAACUUGGGUGAUAACUGAAAGAAAAUGCAUGAGAACUUAUUCAAAUUGAUUUCCCAACCCAAUCAAGCUGUGAAAAUGUCCAAUAUUGUUACAAGUGAAUUGAUACAAAUAUUUCUCAUAGUUCCAAAACAAUAGUUAUGACACAGACUAAAGUGACAGUUAUUCUCAUCUUUAUAGAGAUGAGCAAGGCACUUUUUAGUUUUGAACCUGUAGUUCUGGAUAGAAAUCAUGGGAACUUGUAUUAAAUGUACAUGUAAUAAGGCCAUGCUUCAUUUCCUUGGACAGAUUCUUUAAAUACCAAAUUGGAAUGAACAAGAAAUCUUUAUUGUCAUCUGUGUUUCACAAUUUCCAGCUUGUUUUGGCUUGUAGUAUUGUUUAAGGAUUGUGGGUUCAAAGCCUGGUUUGCCAUGCUCAUGUUUCUAGGUUUGUCAGCACCAUACCUGUGCUCAUGGGUUUCACCAAAAUGCUAAACGUGUGAGACAUGCAUCAGUUCAGGCUUUUCCUCCACAUUAAGCCGACACACUGUGAUAUAACUGGAAUACUGUCCAAGCCCACUCACUCACUAUUAUGAUUUUGGAUAUAAUAAUAUCCCAGAAGUGGAGUGAGAUUUGAAGUCUAGAGGAUAGUUUAUUUGUCAUACUGCUGAGUCUACCGACACAUGUAACAAAGAUGAUAUAAAGUAGAUUGUUUUCAGAAAGGACAUAAUCAUUUGAUCUUCAUUGAGAUAAGGGGCACGGGUGGUCCAGUCGUCUAAGGCCCCACAAUUUGCUGUGCAGAGUUUCGUCCCUUGGUCUUAUCAGAAACCUAUGAUUGUGGCUUCGAAUCCUGGUUCGCCCUGAUUAUGUUUCUUGGUUUAUCAGCACCAUACCCGUGCUCCUGGGUUUCACCAAAGUGGUAAACGCCUGAGACAUGCAUCACUUGGGGUUUUCCUACCACAUUAAGCUGAACGCCUAAAUAAAAGCAGUGUUAAACCCAAUUCACUCAUGCAUAUGAAUGAGACAGGAACCUAGUUUCAUAGCAUUAGGACAUUACAUAUUCAGUCUUUCCUUCCACAUUAAGCUGACAUGCCGUGAUAUAACUAAAAUACUGUUCAAAGCGUGGUUUUACCCAACUCAUUGACUCACUCGCUAACUGAAGGAGACACUUCACCUUCUGACUUGUUUUGAGAGAUGACUUAAAAAAUAUUUUUAUAUUUCAUCCUAGCACCAUUUGAUUCUUGAAACAAAUCUGUCAACCUUGAAGUAAACCAAUUCCUUACAGCAAAUGCUGCCAACAGUGAUCUUGUUGAUCUAACACUGGUUUGACAACAGCUGAGUACAAGUCUCUAUAAGACUCUUGUUCCUAGCCACAUUGAGACCCAGUAUCACUUAUCUGGGUUGCUAUACAUUGAUGCAAAUAGGUUCAUUCAUAGAUGGUUAUGGUUCUAAUAAAGACCUCUACUAUCUUUGCUCAGCCCCUUCCAAAUAAUGUUUGUAAUAAUCUGAGAUUUAUUUAUAACUGAUCAUCUUAAGAUUUGUUAAAUUAUGAAAGUGUAAUGUAAAUGUUUGAUUUCUGUGUUUGUUUUUGUUGUCAUAGCAACCUGUUGACAUUGGAAAUAAUGUUUAUUUAGUCAGUAAGACUUCAUGUUGAUUCUUCAUUGGACUAUACAAAUGAUGCUUACAAAGUUGAAUGUUAUCAUAAACAACAGACCUCCCCUGAUCUUGCAGCUGGGAAAUCUUUGGACUUCUCCGACCCCUGAAGAUCCGGGUUAGAAUUGGUCUUAUGCAACCCAUGUCUGUUGUAAGAGGCGACUAUGCUUGUCAUAAGAAGCAGGCUGGUGGUCAGGCUUGCUGACUUUGUUGAUGCAUGUCAUCGUAUCACAAUUGUGUAGAUUGAUGCUUGUGAUGUCAAUCACUGGAUUUUCUGGUCCAGACUGAAUUAUUUACAGACUGCCGUCAUAAAGUUGGAAUAUUGCUGAUAAUAAUAUUGUACUUCUCCAAGUCACCUGCUGUGGCUGCUGUUUGUAUUGUUUUAAUAAAGUGGCCAUGAGAAAAAUUGACCCAUUUAUGUUUGCCAAGUAUACUGGUACAUGCUUAUUGACAGAAUGCAUUGUCAGAUGAAAAAUGUUUGGAGAACUCAAGGGUGAAUGGUUUAGAAACUUUGUUUUUUUUAUAAAUUCCACAAUAUUCCUUAAUGUGCAAUUUGAGCAAGCUUGUGACGACGACUGGUGCAAAAUGUCCAACAGACUCUCUUGAAACUGGUACUGCAGAAGCAUUUGCAGCUGCAACAAGUUAUGUCGGAUAGUAGAACAAAGUACAUUUUCUCAGCUGCUGAUCAUCCUGAUCUUAAGUGAGGUUCAGGAUUAUCUCCAGAAUUCCUUUGUCCCCAAGACUGAGAGACAUGAGAUCAGCGCUGAGACUGCUGGAGUGGGAACUGAUGCUGAUCUCAAGUGAUGCAGGAAAGCGUAUUUGUUGUCUGUUAACAAAUGCAUGGCAUGGACUCUUCCAAAUUGUACUGUUACUGCCUCACUUUGGUGAAACAAAAUUAAAAAAUUGGCAAAAUAAGCAAGCAUCCUUUUUAUUUGUUGGGGGUGGGAAUUUCGAAAAUGAUCACCCCAGACCUUUGAACAAAUCCCUAAUCCUUUAUAGAGCAGGAUGAAAAGAAAAUUCUGACAUACCUACAAACUCAUAUUACUUUGCCUGACACACACAUUUUUUAUGUGAAAGCCUGAUGGCGCUUGAUCGGUUUAUUCCAACAUAGUGCUUGAAGUGGUAUGCAAAAACACUGGACCAUACUCGAGUCCACCAGCUUAGAGUUGGUUCUUUACUCAGAGUCAUGUAGCCAAUUGUACCUUAUUUGUAAGAAUUGCUGGAAGUGUGUGCAAUGAUUGUUGUUUGUAUUUGUUGAUGUUUGGGUUGGAAUUUUGAACUUUGUGUGUUAAAUGUAAAUCAUUGAACUGAUUCAUGAACUGAACAUGGGAAUUCUGGGUCUUAGGAAUCAGGAUCAGAAGAGGACCCCAGUUCCCCAUUCUUGUCCUAGCAUCCCAGUCCAUGAAGAUCCAGGUAGAGAAUAGGUCUUCAGCAACCCAUGCUUGCUGUAAGAGGCGACUGCUUGUCGUAAGAAGCAACCACCGGAUUGGUUGUUCAGGCUAACUGACUUUGUUGAUGCAUGUCGUUGUAUCCCAGUUGUGUAGAUUGAUGCUUAUAAUGUCAAUAACUGGAUUGUCUGGUCCAGACUCAAUCAUUGCUGCCAUAUAGCUGAAAUAUUGCUGAUUGUGGCGUUGAACAACAAAAACAAACCUAGCAUCCCCUAGUUAUGUGCGACUUGGUUGAUUGUAUGUUAUCAGUCCCCCAUGACAUGGAUCUGUUCAUGCUAUCAACCGGGUGGACAAGUGGCCCAGUCGUCUAAGGAGCUGCAAUUCAGGGUUUUCACCGAAGUGGUAAAUGUCUGAGACCUGCAUCACUUCGGGCUUUCCUCCCACAUUAAGCUGAGAUUGUUUGCCUGGCUCAUAUUGAACUACAUAAUUAGAACAGGGCUGACUCGGACAGAAAACAGCCUCUCUCUCGAUGGGGUGAUAAUGACCUGUUGUAAAUGAAUGAAAGUAUGGUAAGGGAGUAUAUGCAGAUAUCCGAAUUAAUUGUUGAAUGUUAAUGAAAUGUUUGUCAAUGCAGUUCAUCUGGUGUGUGUUCCACAGAGCCGUCUUGGUGCUGUCAUCAAUAUUAUUGUAUAUUUCAUCUUCAACUGAUGUCCUGGUACAGGGACUGUUACCGGAGCAUCCCUUAAACGUCCAGGGGCAGUGGGGUAGUGGAGUGGGGUAGUUGAGUGGUUAAAGUGAAGGCCUGGGUUUGAUGCCCACUUUGACAUAACAUAUGAAACCAAUUCCUGAUUCUGAUCACCCCCACCAGUGUGAAACCACACUUAGACCACACAUUUUAAAUUUAAUGUUUCACGGAUUUAUUCCAGCAUUUCCACACAAGGUCGGCAAAAAUUUAAAAAAAAUGAAUGUUAAUUAUAUAUUUAUUUAUUUAUAUGAAAUUCAAACAGCAGGUUGCCUCUUGAAUCUAUGAAAGUGAUGUCAAUAUUGAAUUUAUAUAUAACAUUUUAUAUUGUACAAGAGGUUCUAUAUUACUUGGGGAUACAUAAUUAAAAUAAAUAUUUUUAUGUUUAGUUUAUUUCUGAGAUGGGCUGCUUUUCUGUAGGGGUGGUGAACCUGUGAAACGAAAAAUAAAAAAAUGUGUGGCCUUAUAUAUUCUGUCUGGAAUAUUACCUGUUGGUGCCAGUCUAUAUUUCAUAUUAAUAUACCUAGACAGUUUAUUUUUCAUGUUUAUGGAUGUACAUAUAUUUCAUCAUACCUGUCAUCCAAAUCACUCUGUUUAAAUGAGUACAUUCCUUUUGAAUAAACAUUUCAUACUAGAAAACGAUCAAGCGCAUUGUUAAACUUUUAUUAUCUUAUAUUCUGUUCACACAAAAAUCUUUUGAGCACAUCCAAUCUCCUAAAUUAUAAAGAAAGUAAAGUAAAAGACAUGACAUCACUCUCAAAAACAUGUUUGUUAGUGAAACACUGCCAGGUUAUUUCAUUUAAGAAAAUAUGUUUAUAAAUGGAUUCAUUCAGCUUGAUUUUUAUCAUGGCUAUUAUUAUUUAGCCUAGAAGAAAUAUUGCUGAGAAUGGAUGCAAGAUUACUGAUGUGGUGUUUAUCAGUAUGUGCUCUCUGUCAAUACUGCGUUGUGAUAGUGCCCAUGUGAAAGUUGCAUAACUUUUAUUCAUGUACAUUGUACUUGUCAUUGUUGGGCGUUGGUUUUUUCUCUGUUGCAGUGCAUGGUGUUAGUUUUGUUGAGUGUCCAGCUAGACCUUUUUUUCUUAUUUUUGUUGGUUUACGGAUUUCCCCCCAAAAAAAAUUCAGUUCGGAAAAAAAUAAAAUCUGACAUGCCAAGCAAGGUAGCUGGAGUUACUACCCUAAAAUUGCAAAAGCAAUUCCUUCUGCAAAAUAGCGAGUUUUGAUGGCUUGGUUGACUCGUAACUGCGUUGCACCAUUCUAGAAAAAUAUUUUUAUUCUGUAUACCAAGGUUUUUCAGGUGAGCAGGGAACAAAAUAUUUUUGUUAAUUUUGUUAUCCAUUUUCUCAGUAUUUUGGGUCAAAGGAUCUGUAAACCUACGAAAACAAAAGGCUUAGCACCUUCAUUGUUAGUUUUACAUUCAAGGUCAUGUGUGAGUGAGAAGUAAUAGUUUUGUCACGAAUGUUUCCAAGUGUAUAUAUAGGUCAUCAAGUACAUGUGCAUAAUAAAAAACAUUUAAACCCUAA